UUUACAAACAUUGCUUCUGCAAGAAGGUAAAGGAAGUAGCUAAGCUAACAGUUUGACAUGAAUAAGCAGUUCACAUGGAGAUGUGCUUUCAAAGAAGCCAGCUACUGUUUUGAAACGUUUGAUAAUGUUGGUGUUAAUUGUCCAUACAUGGCUGGCUAGCUAGUUACAUAAGUUAACUGUUUGUUUUGCACACAUUGCCAAGGAAGACCCAAGUGCUCGCAGCUAACGUUAGCUUGCUCUGCAUGGCAUAUAACAACGUAACUGUUAUGCUAACGUUAGCUCGCAAGUUACAGUACAGUAGGACCGAAGAUACUGCUGGUAGAACUAGCUAACGUUACUAGCUAGCUAGCAUCUUUCCUACGGUGUAGCCGUGGUUCAGAAAGAAGACCAGGGAAGGUACAGGAAGUGACGGCCGUGGUUCAGAAAGAAGACCAGGAAAGGUACAGGAAGUGACAGUGCUUCCUUGUUGCCAUGGCGUCUGAGCUGCAGGAGGCGAUCUGCAUGGCCAAGCAGGAGCGUCACAAGAACCUGUUCCUCAACUACAGGAACCUGAACAACUUUCCGGUUGAGCUGCUGAAAGAUGAAGGACUACAGUUUCUACAGAGGCUUUAUAUGAAGAGGAACUCUCUCACCACGCUGCCUGAUAAUCUAGCACAGAAGCUCCCCAACCUAAUAGAGCUGUAUCUGCAUUCCAACAAUAUAACCUGUGUUCCUGAAGCUAUAGGUAACCUGUCCAGGCUGCAGUCUUUAGACCUGAGUGACAACGCUCUGCAAGUCAUCUGUCCAGAGAUCGGCAGGCUGAGGUCCUUACGACACCUGAGACUGGCCAACAACCAGCUGAAAUACCUGCCUCCAGAGAUUGGAGCCCUGUGUGACCUAGAGACCCUGGAUGUCAGUAGGAAUGUGUUGGUGCGUCUCCCAGAGCGGCUGCACCAGUGUCUGUCUCUCCAGUGUCUCACUGCUGACAGGAACAACCUGACCAGCUUCCCCAGACAGCUCUGCCAACUCCACAGCCUCAACGAGCUCAGUAUGGCUGCUAACCAACUCACCUCUCUACCCCUAGAUUUGGGUCGUUCCAGAGAGCUGCAGUUUGUGUUUGUUGACAACAACGUCCACCUCAAAGGCCUUCCUUCAUAUCUGUACAACAAGGUGAUUGGCUGCAGCGGGUGUGGUCUUCCAGGGCAGGUGUCUGACCGGGUGCCCCAGCCUCUGUCUCUGUCUCUGGGAGAUGUGUCUCUCCCUUUGCCUGCUGAGGUGAAAGCUAUAGGCUCAGAGACGGAGCGAGUGGGCCCCCUGGAGGAGCUCGCCAUGAGGGCCCUGCACAGCAUGUACGGGCGACAGCCAAUCAGGGAGCGGAGUCUGCUGCCGCCCUUCCUGUUACCCAGAAGCCUUCUAGACCUGCUCCAAUGCCCCCUGGGACAUUGUCACCGCUGCAGUCAGCCCAUGUUUACCAUCAUCUACCCCAAACUGUUCCCUCUCAGAGAGACCGCUCUGGCUGGGGUACACCGCAGAACCACAGUGAGUUUCGUGGCCUACUGCUGUUCCAGUCAGUGUGUUCAGACAUUUGAUCUGCAGCAAUGACAUCAUGGUGCCUCCACCUCUUCCUCUCCCCUUCAGUCAUCAUCUCCUCCUCUGGUCUCAUGAAUGAAUGAAGGAUGGAUGAAGAACUGUGGGAGCCCUGAACAUCUCAGGAGGACAUGCAUAGCCUCUGGACUGGUGGACAUGAGGAACUGAAGGUGUCAGGAGGACAUGCAUAGCCUCUGGACUGGUGGACAUGAGGAACUGAAGGUGUCAGGAGGACAUGCAUAGCCUCUGGACUGGUGGACAUGAGGAACUGAAGGUGUCAGGAGGACAUGCAUAGCCUCUGGACUGGUGGACAUGAGGAACUGAAGGUGUCAGGAGGACAUGCAUAGCCUCUGGACUGGUGGACAUGAGGAACUGAAGGUGUCAGGAGGACAUGCAUAGCCUCUGGACUGGUGGACAUGAGGAACUGAAGGUGUCAGGAGGACAUGCAUAGCCUCUGGACUGGUGGACAUGAGGAACUGAAGGUGUCAGGAGGACAUGCAUAGCCUCUGGACUGGUGGACAUGAGGAACUGAAGGUGUCAGGAGGACAUGCAUAGCCUCUGGACUGGUGGACAUGAGGAACUGAAGGUGUCAGGAGGACAUGCAUAGCCUCUGGACUGGUGGACAUGAGGAACUGAAGGUGUCAGGAGGACAUGCAUAGCCUCUGGACUGGUGGACAUGAGGAACUGAAGGUGUCAGGAGGACAUGCAUCGCCUCUGGACUGGUGGACAUGAGGAACUGAAGGUGUCAGGAGGACAUGCAUAGCCUCUGGACUGGUGGACAUGAGGAACUGAAGGUGUCAGGAGGACAUGCAUAGCCUCUGGACUGGUGGACAUGAGGAAAUGAAGGUGUCAGGAGGACAUGCAUAGCCUCUGGACUGGUGGACAUGAGGAACUGAAGGUGUCAGGAGGACAUGCAUAGCCUCUGGACUGGUGGACAUGUAGAGACUCAGCAGCCUGUGACCAGUCCAGCAGUCUGUAAUGGGCAUGGACGGUCCAAUUGAAAGACGGACAAUAUUGAUAUUAAUAAUCCACAUCUUGACAUAUCAUCUACUGUCCAACGACUAACAUCUCUUAAUACAGCAUCAUUCUACUAA